AAACAAAAGUGGCAGAUACUAAACCAAUCACAGAAGAAACAGAUAACUUCCACAACUCCUCUGCUACACUCUACAGAUCAAAUCAUUUAAUUCAUCCUCUAUUUUUCUCAUCAGUGUGUCAAUAUAUAAUAUUAAUCUAUAUUAAAUAUUAAUAUUAAUUUAUAUAUAUUGUCAUUAGCAAUGUUCAAGAACCAAUAAAGAGCUUCAUUUGAAUGGUGGUUUGUGAAAUUGACGUGCAAUGGGAGCUCAGAAGAGCAUCCAUGCCGGCAAAGCUAAGGUAGACUUGAAUGUUGAUUUUACACAUAAGCUAUGUGCUGCUUUGAUGCUUCAGCCCUUCAGGGAUACUGGUAGUCCACUCUCACUUGUUAUUGGGAGUCUUUGCAUUAAACACCCUAAUUUAUUCGGAAAAAGUGAGAAGCUUGAUUUAUUGUGGGACAAAGGGUUAUAUGAUUCCAAUGUGUCCAUUGCUUACAGAAAGCCGAGGCCUGAGUGGCUUACGCAACAAACAUUGUUCCUUCAGCACUCUGUUUCACCUGAGGUCGCUAUCCAUGGUUUGCCCUUCGACAAUUUCUCCCGUUCAGGGAGUGGAGGUGUGAAUCUCUGUCGAGUAUCUGCUGGACUAGAUCUUAGUGAGCCUGCAGGCACCAACUGGAGCAGCAAAACAAGUGUAAAGUUUGAGCAUGUCCGUCCAAUGAAUGACAAUGGUCAUUCGAUCACCAGAGAUGUUCAUGGAUUUCCAGUGACUUGCAGUGGUGCACAUCAUGACAGUAUGGUAGUACUUAAGCAAGAGUCUCGUUUUGCACGAGCAAAUGAUGGGAGUUUCACCAAACUUAAUUUACAAAUAGAACAAGGGAUUCCUCUUCUAUCUAAGUGGCUAAUCUUUAACCGGUUCAAGUUCGUUGCAUCGAGGGGGCUUAAGCUUGGGCCUACUUUUCUAUUAACCAGCCUUACAGGUGGUUCUAUUGUGGGUGAUAUAGCUCCUUAUCAAGCAUUUGCUAUUGGAGGACUUGGUAGUGUGCGAGGAUACGGGGAGGGUGCAGUUGGGACCGGUAGAUCCUGUUUAGUUGCAAACAGUGAAUUAAUAUUACCUUUGAAUCAAAUGUGUGAAGGUGCGAUUUUUAUGGACUGUGGAUCUGACUUGGGUUCUGGGUGUUAUGUUCCAGGUGAUCCUGCUCUGAGACACGGUAAACCAGGGAGCGGAGUUGGGGGUGGAUGUGGCCUUAGGUUCAAGUUUCCGUUAGGUCACCUCCAGGUGGACUAUGCUAUAAACGCAUUCCAACAAAAAACUGUUUACUUCGGUUUCAGCAACGUUGCCUCAUGAUAUUCACAAAUUAUGGUGCCGAAGAUUGCAACAUCCCAAUGUCAGAUUGCCGCAGCUAUAAUAUAUCCUCUCAUUAUUGACACCUCAACUGAAGAGAAGUUUGCAUGUAUAGAAAUCGUUUCUCCAUUGUGCUAUUCCCCUGUAGUCAGUAACCAUAACUAAACAUGAUCAAGUCCCUCGAUUAAGGACUGAAGAUGUAGCUUCUUUCUGUUUUCUUGGACACAAGUGAAUAUAUGAAUCAUUGAUUAUUUAUACA